AUGGCGGCGUCUCAGAGCAAAGACCUCCCUUCUUCCUCAUACUUUUCAGCAUUCGCGGCAAACUAUCUUCAGCAAACCGGAAGAAGCACAUACCGUGUCCUUGACCUGGCUUUCGAUAGUAUUCAAACCACAAAGCCUAUCACCAAAGACUCGGUGGUUCAUGAUAAUGCUGCCGGUCCGGGAAUUGCAGCCUUAGUUCUGGUUGACAGACUCGCGGCUGAUGAGCUGCCUCAGAUUCUGGUGACGGAUAAUGUGCCCCCAAUGGUCCAAGCCGCCAAAGAUUCUUUUACUUCGCUCCCACAUAUCGAGGCGAAGGUUCUUGACUCUCAGAAUCUGGAGGGAAUUCCCGACGAGCACUUCACACACAGCAUCCUCAAUUUCAGUGUUUACACGCUGGCCGACCCCGUCAAAGGCGUCAAAGAGAUAUACCGUACGCUCCAGCCUGGUGGUCUAGCCGUCAUCUCCUGCUGGAAACGCUUUGGUGUUGGUGAACUCAUCCACGCUGCCCAAGCCAUUGUCCGACCAGACCUUGCGCCUCUGAAAAUGCCCCAUCCUGAAUUUUUUGAACCUGGUGUUCUGGAAAAGACGACAGUCGAAGCUGGGUUUGAUUCUUCCAAGUUUAACCUUGUGGAGGAUAGUAUUGUCGUCAAUGGACCUGAACUGGAAAAUGGACUGAAGAAGUUUAUGCUGGGAGAUCUGAUGCGUCCUGCUCGAGCGGGAUAUACUGUUGAAGAGGAGAAGAAAUGGCCAGAAGCGGUUGAAGAGGGACUCAAGAAGGAAGUUGAAAGUCAUGGAGGGAUCAAAUUUGAGAGCUGGGUUCUUCUAGCUCAGAAGUAG